GGGUGGGGCCGAGGGGGAGCGACGUGGCGGGUAGUGAGGGCCGGGGGUGCCCGGUGCGGGGUGCCCCACAGCGCCUGGCACCGCCUGCAGCGCCGCCACGGGCCCGGCCCCGCACCUGAAGCGGGCGGGGGGCACGGCCACGGUGAAGGCGAUGCUGCUGGAGUGGUGCCGCGCCCGGACCCGCGGGUACCAGCACGUGGACGUGCAGAACUUCUCGGGGAGCUGGGGCAGCGGGCUGGCCUUCUGCGCCCUGCUGCACAGCUUCUUCCCCGACGCCUUCGAGUACGGCAGCCUGGAGCCCGGCGCCCGCCGCCACAACUUCGCCCUGGCCUUCGCCACCGCCGAGGAGCGGGCGGGCUGUGCCCCGCUGCUGGAGGUGGAGGACAUGGUGCGGCUCCCGGUGCCUGACGCCAAGUGCGUGUACACGUACCUGCAGGAGCUGUACCGCUGCCUGGUGGCCAAGGGGCUGGUGAAGACAAAGAAGCGCUGAGGGGGGUCCCCCAUGGCCCCCACCUGUGCCACCCCCCCCUUCAUUCCCCAGCGGAUGCCCGCCAUGACGUGCUGGCUGCCCCUGGUGUGGCUAGCGGCCACAGCCAUGGCCACCGUCACCAUGGUGCCCACUCCAGAGGCCUCUCCCCGCGAGGCGAAGCUGCUCAGUCAGCACCCGACGCUGCUGGUGCCUCCCCAUCCCGCCCCAGAGCCGACAGGGGACGCAGGGGCGCCCGUCCCGCCGGUGCCCACCGCCCCUGCCCACCCCGAGGACCUGCCUGCCUCGGAUGCCCCCCUGAACACCACGGACCCCCCCGGCCCCACAGCACCUGAGGGAGCAGCCGAGGAGCUGGGCACCAGGGCCAACGGGACCACGGCAGCAUCUGCACCCCCCACCACCCAGGGACCCCCAGGCACCAGCACUCCGCCGUGCCCUGAGGACGAGGAGCCGGCUGAGGCCUGCGGGACGCCCACAGGGGAGCAGCGGGCGGCUGUGGCCGAGGCGCUGGGCACCUUCGCCCUCCGCUUCUACCAGCACAUGGCGGAGGCUGCUCAGCCCGACACCAACCUGCUCUUCUCCCCCAUCAACGUGGCCAUGGGGCUCUCGCACCUGCUGCUGGGCGCCCGUGGUGAGACCCGUGAGCGUCUGGCUGCCGUGCUGGCGUACCCGCCGAGGCUGUCCUGCGUGCACGGCGCCCUGCGGCAGCUCGCCAGCGCACCCGGCUUCUUCUCUGCCGCGCAGAUCUUCCACCACCCAGAGCUGCACCUCCAGCCCCGCUUCCUCAACGCCUCCUGGCACCUGUACGGCGCCCGCCCGAGUGCCCUGAGCGGCAACGAGAGCCUGGACCUGCUGCUCGUCAACGAGUGGGUGCGAGGGGCUAGCCGGGGGCUGCUGCCGGGACUCCUGCCCGCGCUGCCCCCCCAGCCCCAGCUGCUGCUGCUCAGCGCCGUCCACCUGCAAGCCGCCUGGCGCACGCCGCUGGAGGCCAAGCAGACGGUGCUGCUGCCCUUUCUGCGCCCCGGGCGCUCACCCCGCCUGGUGCCCACCAUGACGAGCAAGAAGUACCCGGUGGGCUCCUUCACUGACCCCCGCCUGCAGGUCCAGGUGGGUCGGCUGGAGCUGAGGGGGGGGCUGAGCCUGGUGGUGCUGGUGCCGCGGGGGCCCCUGGGGGCGCUGGGGACCCUGGAGCAGUCGCUGGAUCCCCCCACCUUCCUGGGGCUGCUGCGGCGGGCGGCCCAGACCCCCCUCCAGGCCACUGCCCUGGCCCUGCCCCGCCUGCGCCUCGAUCUGGCCCUGGACGUGGUGGCCCUGGUCCAUGACAUGGACUUCGGGCUGUUUCUGGACGCGGAGCUGUGCGGGCUGGCGCGGGGCCCGGCGGUGGUGGUGGAUGCUGCGCGGCACCGCGCGGUGCUGGCGCUGGACGAGGCCGGCGUGGAGGCGGCGGGUGCCAUGGCCACCUCAGUGGCCCGCACGGUGCUGCUGCUGGAGGCCCUGCGUCCCUUCCUGUUUGUCCUCUGGCACGACGCUGGUGACAUCCCCCUCUUCAUGGGCCGCCUGAGCGACCCUCAGCCCUGAGCCUGCACCCCAAACCCUGCCUGCCCUCCCGCAUCCUCCCCUCUCCCUGUCUCCCUCCCGCCUUCCCUCCCUGUCUCUCCCUGCCUUGUCCCCUCUUCUCUUCCCUCCCUCCUCCCAUCUCUCCUGCCCUCAUCCAUCCCUUGUUUCCCUCCCUCCAUCCCUUGUCCCCCUCCUCCCUGCCUCCCUCCCUGGCUUUCUCCUUUCCCUCCGUCGGGCUCUCCUUCUACCCCCCAGACCCCAUUCUUCCUCUCCCCACCCUCCCUCAUCCAUCCUUCCCCUCUUCCCCUCCUCCCUCCCUCUUUCCUUCCCUCCUCCUUCCCCACCUCCCCCAUCUCCCACCCCUCCCUUCACCACCUACCUCCGCUCCCUCCCCAUCUCCCGCCCGUCACUCCCCCCACCCCACAGGUCCCCGCCUCCCCCUCCGCCCUUGCCUCAGUUUCCCUCAAUAAACGCCCUGACCACUG